UCAAUUCUGAGGCACAGAAACUCAAUCCUUCGAAGUCGUAGCUUUGGAAGCAUGGACUUCAUAGCUACUAUCCUGUUUCUAGCUCUUGUCAUCUCCUCCACCAAAGCUUUGGACCCUUGCGGCCCUCAGCCAGAUGACUCGGACCUUUUGGUCAUCCCAAUCUAUGGCAAAUGUUCACCAUUCAACCCACCCAAACCUGACUCAUUGUUCAACACAGUCAUGAACAUGGCAUCAAAAGACCCAGCAAGGGUCAAGUACUUGUCGAGCCUUGUAGCCCAAAAGACCACUGCGGUUCCCAUUGCUUCAGGCCAACAAGUCCUAAACAUUGGCAACUAUAUCGUCCGGGUAAAGAUUGGCACUCCGGGUCAGCUCAUGUUCAUGGUAUUGGACACUAGCAAUGAUGUGGCUUGGGUCCCAUGCUCCGGCUGCAACGGGUGCUCAGCCACCACUUUCUCACCCAACACUUCUUCCACCUAUGGUUCGUUAGAUUGCGGUUUGCCCCAAUGCGCCCAGGUCCGUGGGCUGUCGUGCCCGGCUACGGGGUCUGCGGCUUGCUCUUUUAACCAAUCCUACGGUGGAGAUUCAUCAUUUUCGGCCAACUUGGUUCGAGAUUCCUUAGGAUUAGCCAAUGACAUUGUCCCAGAUUUUGCUUUUGGAUGUAUAAACGCCAUCUCUGGUGGAUCAGUACCACCGCAAGGACUGUUGGGUUUGGGUCGGGGACCCAUGUCACUUAUUUCACAAUCCGGGGCCCUCUACUCUGGUGUUUUCUCAUAUUGUCUACCCAGUUUCAAGUCCUACUACUUUUCGGGUUCUCUCAAACUCGGGCCAGUUGGACAACCCAAGAACAUUCGAACCACCCCACUCCUAAAAAGCCCACACCGACCUUCACUUUACUAUGUUAACCUAACCGGAAUAAGUGUAGGCCGGGUUCAAGUCCCCAUUGCCCCGGAAUACCUAGCGUUUAACCCCAACACCGGGGCAGGGACCAUAAUAGAUUCGGGUACGGUUGUAACCCGAUUCGUCCAGCCCAUUUACAAGGCAAUCCGAGAUGAGUUUGUGAAGCAUGUGAAAGGUCCAUUUACUGCCAUCGGAGUAUUUGACACAUGCUUUGAUGCUACAGCAGAAGCUGAGGCACCUUUAAUAACAUUACAUUUCGAAGGCUUGUCGAUGCCAUUGCCAAUGGAAAACAGCUUCUUACACACCAGUGCCGGGUCUCGGGCAUGCUUGGCCAUAGCACCGGUCCCCAACAAUGUGAACGCCGCCAUGAAUGUGAUAGCCAAUUUGCAGCAGCAGAAUCAUAGGAUUCUCUUUGAUGUCAUCAAUUCUCGCUUGGGAAUUGCUCGUGAAGCUUGCAAUUAGUUUCUUAUUGGCUUUAUUUUUUUUUUGCUUGUUCUUUGUUUGCUUUCUUGUCUUUAUGCGUAAGCUCUUUUUUUAGUGUUUUUAUAUGAUGAAAAAUAGGUUUAGUUAAUAAACAUCACAAAAAAAAAUCACCAUUUUGUGAUUAUAUAUGUAAUUUCUUUUAAGUUUUAAUUGUGAAAAGAAAUGGAAGUAACUUAACUAUACUAUUAGAAAA